AUGGGUCAUAUUCGUAAAAAUGAAGUUCCAGAUGAUCAUUUAUCAAAACAUGAAUAUGAAUAUUAUAAAAAAAAAUUUUCUAAUUCUUUAAAGCAGUUAAUCACUAACCAAAUUGAUAAUUAUUCAUCUAAUGAGCAACCAUCAGAUAAACAACAGUUAAUCACUAAAGUUUCAAAACCAAUACAACAAUCUGGUAUUACCAAUUUAAAAGAAAAGCUCAUUGCUUCUAAUGAAAGAAAAAUUAUCCUUGAAUCACAAGAAGCCAAAUUCAAAUACACAAUUAAAAACCUCAAAGACACUAUCAAAGACUUUGAAGCUACUAUUAAUGUUCUCAGAAAUAAUGAAAUAAAUCUCAAAGCACAAUAUAAAAAACUUUCAAAAGAAUUAACUUUGUUAAAAAACAAAAAUGAAGAAUCUGAAAAUAGAAAAAAACAAUUAGAAAAUAAAAUCAACAAGAAGUUGAAGAUCAUGAUCAGUUAA